AUGAUAAAGAAUUUUAUCCGUACCAGCCGAUGGCUGACACGGAGACAAAUCGAUAUUAUAAGCCAAGUAGCUUUACGCCGUUACUCCUACGUAUCUUCAAGAAACACUAGCAGAAAUAUAAUUGAGCGACGAUUUGCUUUAAGUUCAUCUAGUACUCAAGUUUGUGACAUCGAGCCCGCUGUUUUUGAGGAAAUCUGUAGCGAAACGCUUGAAUCUCUUUGUGAUUACUUUGAAGAAAUUGUAGAAUCUGAUCCAAAUUUAAAGGGGGCUGAUAUUACAUAUACUGAUGGUGUUCUUACAGUUGCCUUUGGAGGAAAUUAUGGAACCUAUGUAAUAAAUAGACAAACUCCCAACAAGCAAAUCUGGCUCAGCUCACCGGUCUCAGGGCCUAAACGCUAUGAUCUGAUCCUUAAAGACGGUGGAUACUGGCUCUAUAAACAUGACGGAGUGUCUUUGCAUCAACUGUUACAAAAUGAAAUUUCUAAAAUAGUCAAAAAUAAAGUAGAAUUUAGUAAUUGCACACAUAGUUUAGUUUGA